CUACCAUUCCCGGCGGGCACCGCGAUACACAUUACCCAAUCAACUUUAAGUAAGAGACAUCGCGAGUCUUCGGUGAGACUUGGUUCUAUAAGCCCAUGGGAAUGGGUCUGGGGAACUCUUUUCACAAAGAUGGCGCCGAAAGCGAAGAAGGAAGCCCCUGCCCCUCCUAAAGCCGAAGCCAAAGCAAAGGCUUUGAAGGCAAAGAAAGCAGUGCUCAAAGGCGUCCACAGCCACAAAAAAAAGAAGAUACGCACAUCACCCACCUUCCGACGGCCCAAGACACUACGGCUCCGAAGACAACCCAAAUAUCCUCGGAAGAGGGCAAGAGCGCACCGGAGAAACAAGCUUGACCACUAUGCUAUCAUCAAAUUCCCCCUGACUACUGAGUCAGCCAUGAAGAAGAUAGAAGACAACAAUACACUUGUGUUUAUUGUGGAUGUCAAGGCCAAUAAGCACCAGAUCAAACAGGCUGUGAAGAAGCUCUAUGACAUUGACGUGGCCAAAGUCAACACCCUGAUCAGGCCUGAUGGAGAGAAGAAGGCAUAUGUUCGGCUGGCUCCCGACUAUGAUGCUUUGGAUGUUGCCAACAAAAUUGGGAUCAUCUAAACUCAGUCCAGCUGGCUAAUUCUAAAUAUAAAAAUUUUUCACUAUGUUUAUGUCAAUUUCUGAUGGGGCUGGAGGAGAGGUCAUACUGCGAUGUAUACACACUAUAAAUAAAUAAUGGAGUUUGGUCAAGA